UAUAAAAAUCAAAACAAAACGAUUUCGAACAGAGUGAAGGAAACCAUUCAAAAUGAAGUGCGUAAUUGGAGUUCUGGUUCUUGCAUUUUGCGCCACUGCGUAUCCCAACGAUCUGGUUCCACUGGGCGCCUCAACUAGUUAUUAUGUCUCUACCACCAAGAAAUCGUUUAUAGGAGCAUGGAUAAACUGCAAAACAGGUGGUAUGGACUUAGCUAGUGUGACUACUGCAGCAGAACAGGCCGAGUUGAAUACUACAGUAGGUUCAGCUACUGGUGAUGGUGAGGGUUAUUGGUUAGGUGGUGUAGCCGAAAACGUAUCCGGUGAUUGGUAUUGGUCAGACUCAGCUCGCAGGGUGAUCUACACCAACUGGGGCACAGGGCAACCCAGGGACUACGGAAGCGAAGGCAAGGGCUCCUGCAUCAGACUGGGCAAUUUUUACGGUACUUCGCAGCCCCUUCUGUGGCAAGCAGUAUCCUGCGAAUAUAAAUUAUACUUUAUCUGUAAAUACACUAGUAGCUGAUUUGACCCGAAUGUGCUUUAGCUUAAGUUUAAUAAAAACCAUAUUUUUAAAAUAAA